UUGAGUCACACUACCUGUCGAACGGUCACACUACUUAGCAAAUCAAAUUUGUUCUGUGUGUGUAAAAGAAUAUAGAAGGCAAUUUGUAAUCUGUGAAAUACGUGAAAAUCCUACGAGCUUUUUACUGAACAAAUAUGAACGCCUUUCCAGGAACGUUCGCGUUCGACGAAUAUGGUCGGCCCUUCAUAAUUUUGCGCGACCAGGAUCAGCAGAAGCGCAUUACCGGCACAGAUGCGAUUAAGACGCAUAUUAUGGCUGCACGCCAGAUUGCCUCCACUCUGAAGACCUCUUUGGGUCCUAAGGGUCUGGACAAGAUCAUGGUUAGUCCAGAUGGCGAUGUGACGGUAACUAAUGAUGGUGCCACCAUAAUGAAGCUCAUGGAGGUGGAUCACGAGAUUGCUAAGUUGAUGGUGCAGCUGUCGCAGUCGCAGGACGAUGAAAUCGGCGAUGGCACCACUGGCGUUGUAGUCUUGGCUGGCGCACUGCUGGAGCAGGCUGAGGGAUUGAUUGAUCGUGGCAUUCAUCCCAUACGUAUUGCCGAUGGCUUCGAGCUGGCGGCCCAGUGCGCAAUCAAGCAGUUGGAUGUGAUUGCGAAGCCUUUCCCAGUGGACCCCAAGAACAAGGAGCCGCUUAUUCAGAUUGCUAUGACCACGCUGGGUAGCAAGAUUGUCAACAAAUGCCACCGUCAAAUGGCUGAGAUGGCUGUGGAUGCGGUGCUUAAUGUGGCGGACAUUCCAAAGAAGGAUGUCAACUUUGAGCUCAUCAAAAUUGAGACCAAGGUGGGUGGACGCAUGGAGGACUCCAUGCUAGUCAAGGGCGUUAUUGUAGACAAGACGCUGAGUCACUCUCAGAUGCCCAAGGAGUUGAAAAAUGUCAAGCUGGCUAUACUUACCUGCCCCUUCGAGCCACCUAAGCCCAAGACCAAGCAUAAGUUGGAUGUUACCUCUGCUGAGGAUUACAGAGCGCUGCGUGAGUACGAACAGGAGAAGUUUACGCAGAUGGUUAAGCAAGUGAAGGAUGCCGGCGCUACCUUGGCCAUUUGCCAGUGGGGCUUUGAUGAUGAGGCCAAUCAUUUGCUGCUGCAGCAGGAGCUGCCGGCUGUGCGCUGGGUUGGUGGACCUGAAAUUGAACUGAUUGCUAUUGCCACCGGUGGACGCAUCGUGCCUCGCUUCGAGGAGCUGACACCAGAGAAAUUGGGCUCAGCUGGACUAGUGCGUGAAAUGGCUUUUGGUACCUCCAAGGACAAGAUGCUGGUCAUUGAGGAGUGCAAGAACUCCAAGGCAGUCACCAUCUUCCUGCGUGGCGGUAAUGCCAUGAUCAUCGCCGAGGCCAAGCGUUCCAUUCACGAUGCCAUCUGCGUGGUGCGUUCGUUGAUUAAAGAUUCGCGUAUUGUCUAUGGCGGCGGCGCUGCUGAAAUUAGCUGCUCCUUGGCUGUGGCCAAGCAGGCUGAUCAGCUGUCCACGCUGGAGCAGUAUGCAUUCCGCGCCUUCUCUGUUGCCUUGGAGAGCAUUCCUCUCGCGCUGGCCGAGAACAGCGGUCUGCAUCCCAUUGAAACGUUGUCGGAGCUGAAGGCUAGCCAGGUGGCGGAGCAGAAACCUAGCCUGGGUGUUGACUGCAUGCUGACUGGCGACUCGGACAUGAAGAACCACAAUGUGGUCGAGUCCCUGCACUCCAAGAAGCAACAGAUCUUGCUCUCCACGCAGCUGGUUAAGAUGAUACUCAAGAUCGAUGAUGUGCGCUCCAAGAACAACGGUGGCAUGUAAACUUACACACACUCACACCCCUCAACAAACACCAACAACACACACACACACACACACACUUUACAUGCAUAUGUUUAGCUUUGUAUAACUUUUCUCUGUAUUAAUUGUUUACAUUUAUUAAUUUGCACACACAAAACUUUCUUUGCAAAAGAAACAAAAUUCAACCAGUGAAUCGGUUGCCUCAUCCGCUUCAUACUACAAAUAAAAAACACAAU